AGUAGUUCCAUACUUUGCGGAAGCAGGAGGCAGCGGCUGUAGCAAAGGGUGAUAAUGCUGAGUUACAUGGCGUAAGGAAACAGAUGGAAGAUCUUGGGGGAAUUAAGGGUGGGUGCCCAAUACUAUCUACUGACAAAGGGUGCCAAACCCGUAUCCCAUGCAGUGUAUCAGGAGAUGUCCAUCAUUGGCCAAGGGAAGGACAGGGGCGGUGGGACCGAGAAGGUGCUGAUCAAUUGGUUACCCCAAUAUCUCCCUCCUAAUCUUGGAAAAGAAGAAGGGAAGAAGAAAGUCAAUCUGCUCGAAGUAGGUGCUCUGAAGCCCGAUAACUAUGAUUCCUACAGUUCCUGGAUCUCGAACACACCAAUUGACCUCCGUUCUCGACAUCCGAAAAUUAUAGAGCAGGACUUCCUGCUGCUCGAUCCCGUGGAAAACAGAGAAAAGUGGGACGUUAUAAGCUUAAGCUUGGUGAUCAACUUUGUUCCAAGUCCACAUGACAGAGGGAAAAUGCUUCGUUUAGCCCGCUCUUUUCUCAAAUCUCCCACAGGUCUGAUGUUCCUGGCACUACCUUCCGCAUGCAUCCAGAAUUCCCGCUAUCUGGACCGUACGCGGCUGGGUACGCUUUUGCACGCGACAGGUUUCAGAAUAGUAGUGGAGAGGUGCAAAGCCGGGGGAAAAAUCGUGUAUCUCUUAUGUCAGGCUGAUGCACCAUACCCACUGGAUAGGUCAGAACUACCAAGCGAACUGACGACCAAAAGAACGCUUCGCGAGGGCAAUAGAAACAACUUCGCAAUCCUACUUUAAUUUUUCCAAACCUCCGGGUUGACUGAGAAUGUUGAAUCGAUGUCAGAUGUAAUAUUAUUGGAAUGCGGUGUGAUG